UGUACAAUAUAUCGGAUUAGGUGAACUAAACUGUUUUAAUCUAUACAACCCCCCUUGCACAUACUACCAAAGAUUAGAAGCUUAUGUGAUCUUAUAGUUGUGACUCAUUCUCCUAACCCUUAAAAAGAGCAAACCGUGUGUGUGUUUUUUUUUACUUUAAUCGGUUGAUGUAUGUUCAAUCAGACCUUCACAUCCUAUUAGGUUAUAACAAUCUUAGCACACAAUUUGACAUCUUUAAGAAACCAUCCAAAGUCAACUUUUCAUCUACUUGGUCAAGGAACCUACCAAAUCCUAAUUUGAUAUAGUUCUCAAUAACAUGUGGAGUUGAGAAUUCGAACUUCUAACCUUUGGCUGAGAAUAUGUUAAUCGGUUAAGCUACAUUGAAAUUUACAAUGAUAUAGUUUGACUCAAGUCACAAAUAAUCCGAUUUCUAGUACAAAUCUUGGACAAUUAAUCCAUAUUCACAUUUAUUAUUCCUAGUGUGGCAUUGGCCACACUAAUAUCUUAAGCAUACACUUACCUACCACAACAAAUAUGCAUAUAUGCAUUAUGCUAAUACUUUGUGCAACCAACUCGUUAAUGCUCCAUCUAUUUAUUAGCUAGAUCAUUUGAAAUUCAUAUAAUAGACCAAUUAUACUAGUUUGCACUUGAUUAAACACAAAGUUCAUUCAUAGAUAACUUGAAAAUUUGAAUGGACCAAAAUGACAGAAAACAGUCGAAGGAUUAAAAUAAAAAAUUUGAAAGUUUUGUGAAAAGAAACAGGAAUCUCCUUGGGAUAAAAGCCAAAAAGAUUAAUCAAAAUAAGUAAAAUAAUACUUUUCUUGUAAUAAUGUUUCAUUAUUUUCCUCACUUUCCCAUUUGCUAUACAACCAGUACCAUGUGAUAGGAGGCUAAAAAUAACCCUCCAUUGCUUAUUUUUAGGCUACACGAAAGGUGUAGCGGAGAAGUUGCAUGAAAACAAAGGAAAAAAAUAUGAUCUCUUUUGUGCGUUUUGGAGUAAAAAUGUAUAUAAAAAAACCCAUGGAUCCGCCCCAAAUAAAUAAAGGCAAAAAAUUAAAACAUACCAUGGCAUUGAUGUAGAUACAUAACGUGGCAUCCAGUGACCUGUGUCAACUGGGUGAAUUGCUACCUGUUAAUUUCCCUCUUCUUCCAUUAACGACUGAAAACAAAGCUUCUGCAGAUCAAAACCUCCAUUUUCCCUCAAAUUCAUCUUCAAGGAGCUGAUUCCAGAUCAAAUCCAUGGAGUUUUUCCCCAUUCCCUUUCUCUUUUCCAUCUUUCUCCUUCUUCCCACUUCAUCUUCUUCCUCCAUCUCCACUAUCACACUCCCCCUCACUGCUUUCCCUUCCAUUCCACUUACAGAUGAUCCAUUGAAAAUUAUCAAUUAUCUUCUCUCUGCUUCACUCAACAGAGCUCAACAUCUCAAGAACCCACAAACGAAAUCAAUCCAGAAUGUCUCUCUGUUCUCUCGUAGCUAUGGAGCUUAUUCAAUCACACUCGCCUUCGGAACUCCACCGCAGAAUUUAUCGUUCGUCUUCGAUACUGGAAGUAGUCUUGUUUGGUUCCCCUGCACCGCCGGUUAUCGUUGUUCUAAUUGUUCGUUUCCGAAUGUUGAUGCUGCAACGAUUCCAAAAUUUGUUCCCAAAUUAUCUUCCUCUGCGAAGAUUAUUGGUUGUCGAAAUCCAAAAUGUGCUUGGAUUUUUGGCCCUAAUUUGAACUCCAGAUGUAGAAAUUGUAACCCUAAAUCUCGAAAUUGUUCCGGUUCUUGUCCUGGUUAUGGAAUUCUGUACGGCUCUGGCGCAACCGCUGGAUUUCUCCUUUCUGAAACGCUUGAUUUCCCCAAGAAAGGAGUGCCGGAUUUUCUCGUUGGUUGUUCCGUCUCGUCCGUUCAUCAACCAGCCGGCAUUGCCGGAUUCGGCCGCGCUCCUGAAUCGUUGCCCUCGCAAAUGCGAUUGAAACGUUUCUCCUAUUGCCUCGUUUCUCGCGGGUUCGACGACUCGCCGGUGAGUAGUCCUCUAGUACUGGAUUCCGGUUCGGAAUCCGACGAUUCGAAGACUGAGAGUUUCAUUUACGCACCGUUCCGAGAGAAUCCAUCAGGAUCCAACGCCGCAUUUCGAGAGUACUAUUACCUUAGUCUUCGGAGAAUCCUCAUCGGUGGAAAGCCGGUGAAGAUCCCGUACAAGUAUCUCAUGCCGGAUUCCGCCGGGAAGGGCGGCGCGAUCAUCGAUUCCGGUUCGACGUUUACGUUUCUGGAUAAGCCAAUUUUCGAAGCAGUAGCGGGAGAAUUGGAGAAGCAGCUGGUGAAAUAUCCUCGAACUAAGAGCGUUGAAGUGCAGUCCGGUUUGCGGCCGUGCUUCGAUAUUUCCAAGGAGGUAUCGGUGGAGUUUCCGGAACUGGUUUUAAAGUUUAAAGGCGGAGCGAAGCUGAGUUUGCCGCCGGUGAAUUACUUGGCGUUGGUGACGGAUGCCGGCGUGGUAUGCUUGACGAUGAUGACGGAUGUAGGCGUCGUGGGUGGCGGCGCGGGGCCGGCGAUUAUAUUUGGGGCGUUUCAGCAGCAGAAUGUAUUGGUGGAGUAUGAUUUGGCGAGGAACAGAAUCGGAUUUCGGAAGCAGAGAUGCACGUGAAAUUGAUUAUGAAUAUAAUUGUGGUAAAAAAGUAAAAAUAAAAAGACUGGGGGGUAAAAGUAAAACCUAGUUCAUGGUUAUUCAAAUUGGUGCGUCACUUCCUAGUUUUAAUAGACCCCUACCGGCUACCAGCAAGGUUUAAAAUGGGCAUCCCAAAUUGAAUCAUGCAUGGUGUCUUAUUGCUUCUACUA